ACAAUACUGAAACUGAUAGGUGGCGGUGAUGAGAAUAUGUUCAAAAGUUUUGGUUAGUGAAUGGGAUGCCUGCCAGCGUGUUGUAGGCAAACCAAAAGAAAGUUCCGUAUUGUUUUAUAAAGAUGAAGACAUUGUUUAUGUCAACAUCUCUUACGUUUCUUCGAAUAUUAGUCGGCGGUACAAGGUGAGAAUCAACAAUUUGUUGCAUCUGUGGAUUAACUUUUAUAGAUAUCAGCAAACAUAGAGAAGUUAUUUAUUGGUCAUGUAAAAGACGGAAGUUUAACAAUACGCCUAAAAAAUCCAGCUAAAGACAUUAUGCUACAAAAGGCUCAACCGUCGGAAUUACGAAGACUAAUCGAAAUUUUAGAUCUGAUAAAAUCCGGCAGAAAGUUACCUAGAGGAAUUUUAAAACGCAAUGCUUCAACUGACAUUCAAAGUUGUAGUCAUCACCGACUUCGUAUCACAAGACGAGAAGAUUAUCCUUUCAGCCAGGGUUUCAGUGCAUCUCUACAGGAAUUAUGCGUGAAAGAGUUGAGAUUGCGUCAGUUCGACACAAGAAUGCUUAAGUUAUCUUGCCUACGUUCCCUCGAUUUAAGUAAAAAUUAUCUGGAAAGAAUACCACAAGAAAUACAAGAUCUCAAUUUAGUCCAGCUAUACUUGAAUAACAAUCUCCUCGCAAGCUGGCCAUCAAUUCCUGAAAAUUCGGCGCUGAGUAAAUCCUUAGAAUAUAUAAAUUUAGCCCACAAUCUGCUGGUUUGGUUACCAGAUGAUUUCUGGCUACUUUCAAAACUUAGGAACGUUGAUCUUUCAACUAACCUAUUGCGUGGUAUACCAACCGCUUAUCUACACAAGUUGCAGUUUUUGGUUAUACUUACUUUGUAUAGUAAUCAACUAGAUUCUUUGCCACUAGUAUUGACUAUUCAUCGAUUAAAUGAAUUGUCAGUACACGGUAAUACUUUCCUGCCUUCCGAAACGGAAGUGAAACCAAGUAAAGUCGCUCCAUCCUUGUUGGACUGCGCUUCCUUAGCUUUUGUUCGUAGUAAUUGGUAUCCAUGUCUCGAAAAGUGUUUACCUUGGAAACUGCGUGUUCGUUUGGCCGUAUUUCGGAAAUGUUUACGUUGCCGUUUGAGCUGUGGUAUCGAACCUUAUCGUAUUUUGGUACCAUACAAUAGUUGGCGGAACAUAUCGUCCGACCGGAUGAACCCACCCAGCGUCUUGACUUAUUUGUGCAGCGAUGAAUGUGUGCGUGCAUAUAAUCUUAACAAAUGGAAGUACACUUUGGAUUAGUGGACACAUUUACUUCCGAAGUGGUGUGUGAUAUAUCGUAAAAAGGACGACUUUUUCAUCUAGAUUUCAGUAUCUUUUUAAAUCUGUGCAUCAAUUAUGGCUUUAUGAAAUAAAAGUUGAUCAGUAUUACCUCCAUUGCUUCAGAAGUUUUAAACGACACGCUAGAUAUUAG